UUGUUUGAGAGAUUUAACAUUUAAAUAUUCUUAGAACACUAUCUAAACAAAAAUAACUUUAAAAUUGUCUAACUAGCGCCAAACCAAUAAAAACUAGAAAAAUAUAACCCUAUACUAAUAUAUAUCUAAUUUGAAGAAAAUGAAGAUCUCUCAAAGAGAUUCUAGGCAAUAAAAUAAGUAGAGUUGAAUUUUUUUUUAAGUAAGAGGAUGUAAUUUAAAAUGGAUAUCUCAUUUGAGGUACUCAAAAAAAAUCCAAAGACACUUGUUAAAAAAUAUUUAAAAUUUUAUAAAAAUAUUAUAAAUGGCGAGAUACUCUUGCGAGUAUCUAACCACUAAUAAUGUUCUAAGUCUUUUGUAUUGUUGAAAUCAUAUCUCUAGUUGCCUUUGUUAAUUAUAGUCAAAUAUUAUUCUAAUAUUGAUUACAAUGUAAAACAAUUCUCCUAAUAUUUGAAAUGAAUGAAAUUAGCACAAGUCCGGUCUUAAGAUUUUAGUGGUUAAAUAUAAUUUAAUAAGUUUAAUGAUUUUUCUUUUACAAUUUAAGUUUAUACCUAUGUAUGUAAACCCUUCAAAUUUGGGGGACCAACAAUAGUGUUCACAUUGUAAUGUCCAAGACCCGUCCUGGUUGGCUACUAUAUCAAUGGAAACAAAUCAAUUUGAAAUACCAACAAAUAUAUAGGAUAUACAUAUCUGUUAACUUUUUUGGCAUAUGUAUUGACUAUUGACUAUACUUAUUUGCUUUCUGUUGAAGAUUACUGGGACGCUAAGUAUCUGAACUUCUUUGUCCAAAACAAUUAAGGUAAAAACUAUAUCAAAGCAAACAAAUCAUUUUGAAAUACAUAUAGGAUAUAUACAUAUCUGAACUCUUUUGGCAUAUAUAUUGACUACUGACAAUACUUAUUUACUUUCUAUUAAAGAUUACUGGGGCGAUAAGUAUCAGAACUUCUUUGUACAAAAUAAUUAAGGUAAGAAUUUAUUAUAUAGUCUUUUUUUUUUUGUUAGUUCACUAUAUCAAGAACAUAAGAAAAAUAGUAUAAAUAUUAUUUGAAACCCAUAAUUAUCAUCAAAGUGAUUCUUUAGUUCCGCAAUGAAGCUUCUGUUGCUGCUGCUGCUUGCCUUCUUCUGCCUUUCUCUAUCAAGGUGUGAAGAAAAGUACGUACCUUAUGAUUACUCGGCAACGAUAGAGUGUCUAGGGAACCCUAAUAAACCACAGUACAAUGGAGGAAUCAUCGUGAACCCUGACCUACAAAAUGGUUCACAGGGCUGGUCACAACUGGGAAACGCCAAAGUCGAUUUCACAGAAUUUGGAGGCAAUAAGUUUGUUAUUGCACGAGGGAGGAAUCGAUCUUAUGAUAGCGUCUCUCAAAAGGUUUAUUUGGAAAAGGGACUUCUCUACACUUUCUCUGCUUGGUUACAAGUAAGCCAAGGGAACGCUCCUGUGAGAGCCGUCUUCAAGAAGAAUGGUGAAUAUAAGCUUGCCGGUUCAGUUAUUGCUGAAUCCAAAUGCUGGUCCAUGCUCAAAGGUGGUCUCACUGUUGAUGAAUCUGGUCCUGCCGAUCUCUUAUUUGAGAGCGAGGACACAAGCGCUGAGAUUUGGGUGGACAGCGUCUCGUUGCAACCAUUCACACAAGAAGAGUGGAACUCUCACCACGAGCAGAGCAUUAACAUGAAGAGGAAAGGAGCCGUGAAGAUCAGAGCCGUAAACAGCGCCGGUGAGCCAGUACCAAACGCCACCAUCUCCAUCUUACAGAACAAACUCGGGUUCCCAUUCGGGUGCGCGGUAGAAAGUAACAUACUUGGGAACCAAGCAUACCAAGACUGGUUCACUAAGAGAUUCACCGUGACAACUUUCGGGAACGAGAUGAAAUGGUACAGCACGGAAGUUGUAAGAGGCAAAGAGGAUUACUCGACCGCAGACGCGAUGGUGAAAUUGUUCCAGCAACAUGGGAUCGCUAUCCGUGGCCACAAUAUUAUAUGGGACAACCCAAUUUAUCAACCUAGUUGGGUGAAGGCUUUGAGCGUAUCCGAUCUCUACAACGCCGUGAAGAGAAGGGUUUUCUCGGUGGUCACAAGGUACAAAGGCCAGCUUGCGGGUUGGGACGUUGUGAAUGAGAAUCUUCAUUUCUCAUUCCUUGAGAGCAAGUUUGGUCCCAAAGCCUCUUACAACGUCUUUGCGCAGGCGCAUGCCCUUGAUCCAACGACUACAGUGUUUAUGAAUGAAUACAAUACGUUAGAGCAACCGGGGGACCCAGUUGCUACUCCAGCAAGGUAUUUGCAGAAGCUUAGAGAGCUUCAAUCUAUUCAUGUGGCCGGAAACAUUCCUUUAGGGAUCGGUCUUCAGUCUCAUUUCAGUACUCCUAACAUUCCGUAUAUGAGAUCAGCUCUUGACACUCUUGCUGCCACUGGUUUGCCUAUUUGGCUCACUGAGGUCGACGUCGCAGCUCCUCCAAAUGUUCAGGCCAAUUAUUUCGAGCAAAUCUUAAGGGAAGGUCACGCACAUCCGCAAGUGAAAGGAAUGGUGACAUGGGCAGGUUAUAAUCCAAAAGGUUGCUAUCGAAUGUGCCUCACUGAUGGCAACUUCAGGAACCUACCCACCGGAGACGUUGUGGACAAACUUCUGCGAGAGUGGGGAGGGCUUAGUGGGCAAACAACAGGUUUAACUGAUGCUGAUGGAUUCUUUGAAGCUUCACUCUUCCAUGGUGACUACAAUCUCGAUAUUUCUCACCCUCUCACCAAUUCCACAGCUUCUCACAGCUUUAAGUUGACUUCUGAGGAUUCCAAUCCAUCUCCUUCAGUCUUUCGUGUUUGAGACGCUAAGUUUACAACUACUUUGUAAUGGAAUAGUGUGCUUUUUAAUUUUUGUCUUGUGUGAGGAAACUCAGAGGGUUAUUAUUAUACAUAAACACCAAUAGGUUGGUUUACUAAAGUUUAAGCCCUUGAUAACAUCUAUCAAUCAAUAAUAUAUACUUAUAAGCAAUUCCAAUAUUUAAUUUAAGUUUUUUUUUUGUCAUCAACUUAUACAGAUUCAUACUAACUCUAAUCCAAUAUCAAUACUAUUAAAAUAGAAGUAACUUUAUCUAUUUAAAAAUAUUCUAGGUGUAACCAUUACAUUUAAUUAGCUUUCAUAUUAUUUCUAUCUAUAUCUAACUUAAUUAUUAUUAAAUAUAUAUCAUAUCCUAAAAUUAAUGACCUAAAUAACUAAUAUAUUGUUUUUUUAAUAAUGAAUUCAAUUUAUAUUAACUCUAUAACUAAUCAAUAUUUUUUAUUAAUAUAUAAAAUUAUAUAUACAUAUUAAUUCAUAUAUAUAUAUAACUAUAUUUUAAUCCAAAUGCAAGAAACAAAUUCACAAACCCUCAGAAAAUACAUAAUUAUUAAAAUUAGAUAUAUAUAUAUAUAUAUAUAUAUAUUUGAUAAAAUAAAUAUUAAGAGUUAGUUAAUAUUAAUACUUAAUGAUAUGAUGAAACAUGUUACUAUUGAUAUUUUUAUGAAUAUAAUUUUACAAGUUAUUCCAACAAACAUGUAAAAUAUUUAUCAAAUGUGAAAGUAAUUAAACAAAACAUAAAACACAUUUUAAGUUUGGCUUGGGCGUUCAUAUACCCGUUGGGAUACGGGUUGGGUAUUUUGAAUUUGGUUUUAUUUAUAUCACAUCAUAGGUUUCAUUCUCGUAGAUUUGUUAGUAGAGAUCAAAAUCAAAUAUAACACAUCGGUUUUGAUUCUAAUUUGUAUUCAUAUUAAAAUACAUAAAAUAACCAUACAUUGUUUGCAUUCUUUUUAUAUUGGUUCGAUUCAGAUAUAUCCGAAGUUAAAUCCAUUUUUUUUAAACAUAAGAAGUAAAUAUUUAUUUUUAUAAAAGACUUAUUGAAAAGUUAAAUAUUUAUUUUUAAUUAUAAUUUCAAAAUAAAUAUAUAAUUGAAUAUUUGAAAGAAAUAUUUAUAUUUGUGAUUUAUUUGGACAAUAAGAUCAGUUUUCUAGAUUUUUCGGUUUUUUGGAUUCAGCUUAUUACACUUCGGAAUAUGUUUUGUAGCACCCUCUUACAUAGGACCGGAUACGGAUCGGGUUCUUUGGUUUGGUUCGUGAUGUAUUUUGUUUUCGACACAUUUCAAUAUUUUUUUCUAAAGUGUUUUCGAGUAUUUAUCGAGUCCUUUUAGUCAAUUUUGAGUUAUUACAUGUCAGGAGUUGCAUUGGAUGGGAUAUCGAUCAUUUGGAGCAAAAGAGGCGGAAAAAAAAGAAAUGGGAGAUUUUCAGAACAGAGCAGCCGUUUUCAAAAUGCACAGCUGCUCUGGCGACUGAGAUUUUUAAGAAAGUUUUCAAUAUUUAGGGAUUUUUACCUAGGGAUUCUCCUUUUUCCUUAUGAGUCAUACAGACCUGCAAAUAUAUUGUUUUCUAUUAUUUUCAUCAGGGAGCUACCUUUUGAGAGAGAUUGAUAGGACAUUUAUCGAAUUUGAAAAAGAGUCAGAAGAAAUGGCUAGAAAGCUUAUAAUCUUGUUAAGGGAGAAGAAUCUCUACACACUCUUGAGAAAAAUCCUGAACCCUAUAUUUAUUCUUACAAUCUAUUUCAUCAUGUUUUCUUCAUCAUCUAUCACUAUGUUUUCUUUGUUUUCUCUGUUCAUGGCUGAGUAGUCAGCUUGCUUAGUCUAGGGUGUUAGAGUGUUUAGAUCGAUGAGCUAAAUACAAAUAAGAUCAUUGUUUGACUGUCUCCAUUCAUGAUUAUGCUUAUUGUCUGCAUUAAACUAAUCAUUUACUGUUUGAAACUAGGUUUAAUCUAAUCAUCAAAAGUGCUUAGGUUGCUAGAAACAAUAAGAAUGGAAAACUUGUCCCUAACCAGCGAAAGUAGAUGUUAGGGUAACUUGUGAACAAAUCGAAUCUGAGCAAUAAUGUUUGUCAUCUUUCUCUAAUCCAAAUGAUAGUUUAGAAGUUAGAUUUUUUUUGAUAAAAGAUGAGACAUUUCGAGUUCUAAACUUGUUUGAAAUCGUUUCUUGAAUAGUUAUUUGGCUCAUGAUCGCUAGACACCCGAUUCAUCACUCUAGGCCUAGCACUUUAUCUCCUUGAUUUUUACAUGGUAUUAAUCCUGAUAUUUAUUUACUUUCGUUACAUAAAUCAUCAACCAAAUCGAUUUGUCUAAGCUAAUUUAUUUCACUCUGAAAGAAUGUAGUGUAACCGUUAAUCUCUGUGGAUUCGACCCCUAGAAUAUUAUUUGGUUUGCUGUGCACUUGCAAUAGAUUUAUAGGGUUUUAAAACCUGAGAUGAAAUUUCGUGUAUCAGUUCGGUUCGUACUUUGGUUUACGGAUUUUAUGCACAAGCAUACUUUAAAUAAAGAAAAAAUGUGAUUAUAUGUACAGAAAAAUUAUUCUGCGUUUUCAGAAAAUGCGGUUCAAAAUCUAGUUAGCUGUUAAGCUUGUAGGAAGCUAAACUAAUCAUAUCACUACAUAUGGGCACUCGUAGUAAAUAAUAAUGAAUAAUCGAGUGUUGAUUAAGUGUAGUUAAAUGGUCAACUGUUUCUUUCCAGAAUGUAUGGGAAAUUUAAUUGGGUCAUAUUAGAAUAUUGAUGAAUCAUUUAAAAAAAAAAUUGAAUGAAACAUGCAUGUCCUUUAUAUGUAUCAAAUGAUAGAACAUCUCUUUAUACACAAGUUUAUAUGGGAAGUUAACAGUCUUUUGUCUCCCAGCCACAGCCACUCCCAGUACCGUUAUCGAGUUGCUCAGCAAAAUAAGGUUAGAAAUUUAAAACAGGAUACCUGCAAUCUCGGUCAUAUCCAAACCUAAGAGAUAAGACUGUUGGGGUCAAAAACGGUAAUCUGGAAAUCAAUGUCCAGAAUUGCUAAACUAUUUUCAAAAAAACUUGAUUCAAAAUAACUUCGGAAAAAACUUUGCUUCGGAGUACAAGAGGUUACGAACAUCACAGAAAAACCGAGACCAUCCUAGUCUCGUCGGUACAAAUAUAAUAAAUGCCAAAACGAGUCUCGUAGGGCGGUACAAAUUAUAUCCGAAUCUGAAGUGUUAAUUAGCCGAACUCGAAGCCCGAAAAAACAGAAAAAAAAAUGCAAAACCGAUCCGAAUGUCAAAAUUAAUCACAAAUAAAAA